AUGUCAGCAUCAAACAAAAAGACAUCUGGAAUUCUGAGAAUUGACACGAACGAAAAAUCCCGCAGACUUUCAGGCAGUUCUGUGGAAUUUAAAUUACAACCGGAAUUACUUGGUUAUGAGCCAACAUCUCCAGCUUCGUCAAAUUAUGCGAUUAUCGCAUCGCCCCAACUUUCUGUUCGUUUCGCCAACCAAACGGAUCAAGAUACCAGCGACAAUUCUCGCGUAGAGCAGCUUUCCGAGGAUCAAUCGACGUGUUUGUCGCCCAUUGUCAAAGACAAUUCGCGCGAAAAUUUCCCUCUUCUGACCGCAACUCGUUCAGACUCGAAAAAAUUCAAAUCGCCUUUUUUAUCCACGAAACGCAGGAAGCCAAGAAAAAACUUGCGCUUGUCUCUGGAAGCGAGUGAUGAUUACUUUUAUCGCGUCGACAAGGAGUCACCGAUUUAUAUGGAGCCAAUUAGUCCGCUAAACCUGCCGGAGCUGAAUUCAGACGAGGACGAUUAUUCGGUGAGUGUGUCGGCAAUCAUGCAGCGACGCUUGAGCACGAAGCGCGGCAGUCGCAAAGGCAAACGAAGUGUUUCCAGCCCGCUUGACAUGCUCGAGAAGAAGGAUCGGCGACGAUCGAGUGUUUACACGACAAGUUCAGGAGAAACGGCAAUCACGAUGGAGGAAACAAACAAUCAGGAUUCUACUCAGGAACAAAUAUUCGAGAAUAUUCGCAUACAUAAGGAGGUGUUGCAACAAGUAAAGUGGCAGCCGUGGACGAUGAAGCGCAAGUUGAAGUUGGUGCAACAAGCGAAAAGUUACAUAGCUCAACACGAGGGAGAGUUGCAAACGAGAUUCGCGUCGUCACGGAGUUAUCGUGACAUUUGGCAGCGCAUUAAAAUCUUCUUUGCUCAAAAAUGGCAACACACCAAACGAGAACUUGCCAAUUUGGCGCAAUGGCUCAUCCCAUGGGAACUUCGUAUCAAAGAAAUCGAAUCCCAUUUCGGUUCUGUCGUCGCCUCCUACUUCACCUUCCUCCGCUGGCUCUUCUGGGUAAACAUCGUAAUCGCUGUCGUGCUCAUCGUCUUUCUCGCCGUACCCGAACUCAUCCAUUGGGAUGUCCAAACGAAAGAUCGUCGCAAAUGUAUGUCGGACGAGGAAAGUGCCGUUGCCCAAAAAUUAAUCACCAUUUGGGAAUUCGAAGGAUUUCUCAAAUAUUCGCCAUUAUUUUAUGGGUAUUACACGAACAAGCGAUACGACGGCAUUAUGUGGUGGUACGAUCUACCAUUAGCAUAUUUUCUCACAGGUGUGGCUGUUUAUAUUUAUAGCUUUUAUGCAACGUUACAGAAGAUGGCAGAAAAUUCCCGAAUGUCGAAGCUUUCGUCGAAAGAUGAUGAUUGCACGUUUUCUUGGAAGAUUUUUACAGGAUGGGAUUUUAUGAUUGGUCACACGGAAACAGCUCAAAAUCGACUUUCUUCUGUUAUUUUAGGGUUUAAAGAGGCCUUGCUUGAGGAAUCGGAGAAGAAGAAGGAUUCACGAAACUGGAAAAUCAUCUCCUUACGGAUUUUUGUAAACCUCGUUGUCCUUCUCCUGCUCUGCAUUUCUGCUGCUGCCGUCAUCUGGGUCGUCAACAAGUCCAAAAGUGUCGAUGACAGCUCCUCAUGGCUCGAACGCAACGCCAUCACACUCAUGCUCUCAGCGAUUUCCUUCUUUUUCCCGAUGUUCUUCGAGAAUCUCGGCUUAUUGGAGUACUACCAUCCACGUCAACAGCUCCGGAUCCAACUUGCUCGAAUUAUGGUUUUAAAUUUAUUGAAUUUGUAUUCUUUAAUUUUCGCGUUAUUCGACAAAAUUGACGACAUGUCGGAGGAUUCGGCUUCACUGAGACCUUACAUCAAGGGAUCUUCGCACGAAAUGACAACUACGACGAUGCUUUCGACGACAGAAAAUUUCAUGACGACUUCAAUGUUACCCGAAAUAGCAAUGACUACAGUUACAACGAUGGCAAAAAUUAGGAAUUUGUGCUGGGAAACGAUGUUUGGACAGGAAUUGGUGAAAUUGACUGUUAUGGAUUUGAUAAUCACUGUCGGCUCAACGAUGUUUUUGGACUUUUUCCGUGCCCUCUUCGUGCGUUACAUGAACGGAUGUUGGUGUUGGGACUUGGAGAAGCAAUAUCCUCAAUACGGAGAUUUUAAAAUUGCUGAAAAUAUUCUUCAUUUGGUAAACAACCAAGGAAUGGUUUGGAUGGGAAUGUUUUUCUCACCUGGAUUAGCUCUCAUAAAUUUAGUCAAACUUGGCAUCCUCAUGUACUUGCGAAGUUGGACCGUUUUGACGUGUAACGUCCCGCACGAAGUAGUUUUCCGUGCCUCGCGUUCGAAUAAUUUUUAUCUGGCGCUCCUUUUGACGAUGUUGUUCUUAUGUGUGCUGCCCGUUUCGUAUGCCAUCGUCUUAUUGACACCUUCUUGGCAUUGCGGGCCUUUUUCGGAACAUGACAAGAUUUAUUAUCUCUUCACGAAUGCCACGAUGGACAUUGCUCCGGAUUUUUUGCACAACUCCAUUCAUUAUUUGGCGUCGCCCGCUGCUGUCAUCCCACUUUUGGUACUUUUGAUUUUAAUUAUUUACUAUUUGGUGUCGCUCACGGGAUCGUUACGAGAAGCCAAUCACGAUUUACGGAACCAGUUGCGGAAGGAAAGGACCGAAGAACGCAAGAAAAUGUGGAAAUUAGCAGAAACGCAAGCAAAAGGACCCGAAAAUGGGGCAAAUACGCUCACGUCACGCUGGAAAAAAGUGUUGGAAGGCGCCCAAUCGCCAAGUCCUGAGAACGCGAUGGCAGUUCCAGAUGCGAAAAUUGAAACGCGCAAAGAAUUGUUGGCAAAAAUCAUGAAAAAAGCGCUGAGGAAGAAUUCUGCGUCGGAUGACGAUAGUCAAGUAACGAAUAUUGGCGAUGAAACAGACACCGAAGCGCACGAAUCACUGCCCCGCGAUCAUUCGCCGAUCACAAAGACGCCCGAUGUGAAGCCCAAGAAGAAAAUGAAGAACCCUUUCGCCCAAAUUAUGGCGAUGGCGAAGGAAAAGGCAGCUGCAAAGGAGGCACAAGCCCACGAAGGCGUCGAAAAUUUGGAAAAUAAAGAGAACACGAGGAAAGAAAUCGAAAGUGACACGCAUCAAGAGCAACUGGACCUCAAGAAAAAGAGCUUGGAAGACCAAGAAGCCGACGAAAAAGAGAGAAUUGUCUCCGAAAGACGUCGCAGUCUCUUCAAAAGACAAGAAAAUAUCGAAAAAACCACAAAUGUCGAGGUCGAACCAUCUCCGGGGGCAACAGCGACUUCCUCAAGCGACACCAAAAAAUCCAAAGCUCCCGAUUUAAUUUUCAAAUUCGAUCAAUCUUUAUCGCACAACGUCGAAAAACAACCGCUGGACGACAACAAAAAAGGAAAACCGGAAAAACCGAAGCGAAAUGGAGCGAACGUCACCAAAUAUCGCUGUUCGCCCCAUCACGAGGUAAUGAGCGACAGCAGUUCUGACGUUCCCGCAACCACCCAAGUCGGUGAAAAAUGCGAAACCCCGCAUUACGCAGCUCCCAUGAAAAUCCGUCCUGUUGUCGAGAAACCCGUCAGUCCCGGACCCGCGGGAAAAUACUCGAAAAAAGACGAAAAAGAAGCCACUGACGACGAAGCGAAACCAUCGCCAUCGAAACCCAAACGGAAAUUCAACAAAUUUUUCGCAUUAGACAAGCACGACGCAAAGCACGAAGGCCCAAAAAGCCCCAAAAGUCCCACAGUAGAACCCAUUCCGGAAAACCCGCUCUUGGAAAAUGUCCAGAAACAAUCGUCGUUGUCGUCAAAAGACUCCAUCGAGUCAUCGUCGAAAGACUCCAAGACAGAUUCCAAGGGAAAAAAUAAUAACAAGCGGCAGGACUCGCAAACGUCAAUUUGGUCCGAUAACAUUCCCGUUAUUACGAUCAGCAAGACGGAAAGUAACGAGAAUAUCUUGGAAGAGGGCAGCGGCACGAUCAAGAAGAAGAAAAAAGGCCCCAAAAAAUCAGAGCAAUAA